GCCUUGGUAUUCAAACUAUGGGUCGCUACCAAAAUUGCCACGAUAUUUUGCAAGGUUGACGGAUAUUUAUUUUGUCAGUGAGGCGAUAGAAUUUGUCAUGUCUUGAAACUGUAUGCGAAGAAUCGUUUCCUGAAUUUGGCUUUUUUCCACAAAGUAAAACUAGAAAUUUUCUUCUAUCAUAUUGUUUUUGACCUUGAUUCUUAUAUUUGCGUCUCAUAGAGGACCUCCACGUUUAGGCCUAUGCUAAAAAUAUUUACCUGUGCUCGGGCGUACUUUGACAAUAUGUUGUCGGUAACCGGUAAUAGAACUUGUCUUGUCUAGCUUUUUUGUGCAAAUGUAAGUGUAAGCGAAGUAUCGUUUCCUGAAUUUGGCAUUUUCCCACAAAGUAAACCUAGAUAUUUUUCUUUUGUCAUAUUGACCUUAAUUUCUUAUGUUUGCUUCUCAGGAGGACCUUCACGUUUAGGCCUAAAAAUGUAUAUAUAUUCUCUAUAUAUAGUGAUUCUAAAAUCGAUUAAAUAAGCAUUUGGAACCUCUAAAUUGUCAUAUUUUUCGGGGCCUUCGCCCCUAGAACACAUUUGAGAGACCGACACCCUACAACGCCCACUUUUCUAGUCGCGACCAUCCCCCUUUGGGGACAUCGGCCCUCUAUAGGGGCAAAUCAUGGCGCCACCACUGGUAUCAGGUAGAACAAGUACCGUAAACUCAAAACUAUGUUUGUAAAUGAACUGGGAAUCAUGCUGAUAAAACAAAAAGUUAUGUCAAUCAGUGACAACAAUAAUUCAAUACAGAAAGACUAUUUAUUUUGAAUAUCUCUGUCAGUGGACGCAAGUUGAACAGAUGAGAUAUCUUCGAGUUGAAAUUGAUGACAAUCUAACAUGGGACUACCACAUUCAAAAUACAAAGGUUAAUAUGGAGUCAAUGAGACGAAUCUAUUUGUGACAUGAUUUCGUCAUGAUUGCUCAACGAUUGUGUGAUUUUAAAACACAAUAUUUACAUAAAAAAUGUAAUCACAAAAGCUUUGGUAAGAUUAUAGUCCAGCAAGGUUUGUUUGUUCGCGAGAAAUGUUUCCCCUGACACCCUACCCCCUCCCGCUACCAACUGAUGAUGAGGAUUAAACGUUCUGGCUUAUAUUUGUUGACUCUUUCGACUCUAAUUAUGAAGUCUAAUUAAGAAAUUUACCUGUCGCUCGAUGACAGCGAUUUCGAUCUCAACAUGUUUGUUAUGCGUGAGUGAUUGUUUAAUUGUGCAUUGAUCUAAAAAGGGCGUAUUGAACCGUAUGACUAUAAGAAGCUACAUGAUUGGACUACUGUCUCAUUUUGGUAGGAAACUGGUAUCAUCAGUAGUUAGAUAAUUCGAAAAUGGACAUCUUCAUCACUGUCGUCCUCUUCCUUGCUACCGUAUCAAACACAGCUGGCCAAGACUGGAGCUAUACCGGCGAUACUGGUCCCUCUUAUUGGGCGGUGACCUAUCCAGCAUGUGGAGGUGAAAAGCAGUCUCCCAUCAAUAUUGACACUGAUGAUGUAGAGAAAGACAACCUCGGAACCUUUACCAUGGUUGGGUUUGAUGACACCAAUGAUAAAAGCAUGAUAGUUGAAAACAACGGGAAAGAACUGCAAGUAAAUCUUGUCGGAGAUUAUUCAAUUUCUGGUGGCGGACUUCAAGGUUCAUAUUUGCCUGUUCAGUUCCACUUUCACUGGGGAAGAAAUCUUCAAGAAGGAUCUGAACACUUGGUCGACAGUACUGCAUACCCGGCAGAGAUGCAUAUUGUCCAUUAUAGUGACAGGUUUGCCAGUUUAGCUGAUGCAAUCAAUGAUCCAGCAGGACUGGCCAUUCUAGGUGUUUUCAUUGAGGAAUCUACUGAAGACAAUUCGAAUUUUGAUACAAUUUUUGGUGUUAUAGAUGAUGUUCGAUAUCCAGGGAAUCAAACCGCAAUUCAAGUUUUUAACUUGGAAAAUGUUUUUCCAGAUGAUCUUACUAAAUUUUAUCGCUAUAAUGGCUCACUGACUACGCCAGGAUGCCAGGAAUCUAUUGUGUGGACCGUGUUUAAAGAAUCCAUCUCCCUAUCGAAUAGCCAGAUUGAGCUUUUCCGAACCUUAGUAGGUGACGACGGUAAUACUAUCCAGCACAACUUUCGACCACCUCAGCAACUGAAUGGACGUAAAGUUGUUUUCUCCAACCCUGACUAUGACCCAUCACAUGGCAGUGUUCUUGUACCGUCUCUUCUUGUAUCCAUCUUCAGUAUCGUCAUUUUGACGUUUUUGAAAUAGAUAGAAUGGAAUAUAGUCCAAUCGAUCUCUACAGUUAUUUCGAAUCAAGCAGGUAUAUAGGUAAAGGGGAACGAAUACUUACUGACUGAGGACACAAUUGGUCAAUGACGUCAUUUGUAGCCAGGAAGUUGAUUUAAAAAAAAAACUAGUGUUACUUGGAUACUUUAAUUCAUUAGCCCUUUAUUCUUUGGGUAGGGCCCACGGUUUCAGAUAAUUUAAAUUUGCUUCUCUGGAACACAAACAAUGUUUGUCACAUUCAACAUCUUUACACGUCUAUGGUUUGUAAAUUAUGCCUAUUAAAGCAAUUACAGUAUUCAGAAAAUACAUACUCGCACUUUAUCGACAAAGCCAACUGUUGGAACCAUAGAUUGUACAGUGACUCAAUUGCUCUUAUUAAACUUAAAUAAAUGGUAGGAAUAUCAUCAGGUAUUAAACCAAUAUGUCUCUGCCUACUGACAGUUAGGUCUAGCAUUACACUGAUGUCAAGCGACAAUCUACACGUCGAUCAUUUUGUACCAGACAUUAUUAUAUAGUCUGGUACAGAGUGGUAGAUACGAUGUAAUAUUUUUUGCAAUUUAGAGCAAAAAUAAUUAUCAGUGAUAUUAUGAUAGUGGAUAUCGUUUUUAUUUGUACUUAAAACUGGCGUGCAAAAGCAAACACGUGUCUUAUAAUUGAUUUGCUUUGAUGGUAAACAGCGGUAAUACGAUGGAAAGUCGACUGACCAAACGAUGGUUCUGGAGGUGGAAGCGUCUCGGAUAAGGACUAUAACCUGUAGGCUCAGUGUACAUAAUUGGCUCAUGUGCACUUUAAAGAACCCAGUAAUUUUUUCGAGACUAGUAGUGGGUUAUCCCGGUUGACUGGUUCAUAGAGUCACGGUUAUCUAACGGUUAUGGACCAUUAGGUCCUUUGCAGGACGUACCUACAUGUAAACUUAAAUAGUAAUUAUACAAUUAUAUAUUCUAUGAUGGGGUGACUU